CGUAGGGGCCAGUGCGCGCGGGCUGGCGACGGGGCCGGUGCGGCAGGAUGCGGGCGGACACCGGGCUCUGGGCGGCGCUGGCGCUCGUGCUGCUCCCGGCCGCGGGCCGCGCUCUGCGCGACGGCGAGUGCGAGGUGUGCGUUACAUUCCUGGGGAGGUUCUAUCAGGGCUUAAACAACCUUAAUGUUGAGUUCACACCAGCCAGCGUGGAAAAGGAACUCUUAAAAGCCUGUAAAGAGGCAAAAGGCAAAGAGAAUCGAUUUUGUUAUUACAUUGGAGCCACUAGUGAUGCAGCCACAAAAAUCAUUAAUGAGGUGUCAAAACCCCUUAGUCAUCACAUUCCUGUGGAAAAAGUCUGUGAGAAACUGAAGAAAAAAGACAGCCAGAUCUGCGAGCUAAAAUAUGACAAACAGAUUGACCUGAGCACUGUGGACCUGAAGAAACUGAGAGUGAAAGAGCUGAAGAAGAUCCUAGAUGACUGGGGUGAAACAUGCAAGGGCUGCGCAGAGAAAUCAGACUAUAUACGUAAAAUCAAUGAACUAAUGCCUAAAUAUGCACCAAAGGCAGCCAGUUCACGGACGGAUCUCUGACCACUGUGGCAGUCUCCAUCCUGCUAGAACCUCACACAGAUUACAUUAACCUCUCUAUUUUGUUUCUUAAGCCUUUUUUGUAACUUAUUUAAGUGGGCUCCCAACAGUGUCAGACUUGGAAGUGUGGAGCCAUGUGUGAAAUGCUGGUUUCACAGCCCCCAUUUUGUCUCUAGUUUGUAUUUCUCUCGCCUCUGGUUUGCUUUAUGGCAUCACACUAUGUAUGGGAUUUUUUUAUUAAAGUAAAAAGAAAUCUA